CGAAAUGAAAUGAAAUGAAGUGGUUUUUUAUUUUUUUUCUUCACGACAGAUAGAUAGGUUCGGGCGUUUCAAGAUAUGGCAUGGGGUGGGGUGCGUAAUGGUCGCUCUCUCGUUCACUUCGCUCUUCGGCGGGGCUUGUGUCCCCUGCAGAAUCAUGGCCUCGGAUUCCACCACAGCACAAACACUUGGUUACUGCUUCUUUGCUGUUCUCUUCUGCUGUGGCUGGUCUUGUACUCAGAUUUCCCACAUGUUGCAAGCCUGAUAUUGUAUGCAGUCACAUUCUUCAUCUUCAGUGACUCUACCACAUCUCCAGGGUCACAAGACACUAAAGUUCAGUACCGAUGGAUGGCAUUCGUAUCGGUUCUCAUUGGGGGUUUCUUUGUGAUCAUCUUCCACCUUGGGAUUAAAGAGCCCAGUAAAAGGAAGGACGGGUGUGCGAAAAUUCGCAAUAAAACUCCGUGGACUUAUUGGUUGAAGAAAGUUUCGUAUUAUCAAGUUGCUAGUGUUUAUGUACUCACUCGAGUUGUAACCAAUGUAUCCCAGUCAUUUCUUGCUGUGUAUGUGAUCAAUGAUCUACGCAUGAACCAAUCCUCAAAGUCACUGGUUCCUGCAAUCAUUUAUUUAUGCAGCUUCACUACCUCUGUCCUUUUACAGGAACUUGAGUGGAGCAACAAAAGGUUGAAAACCUUGUUCUCCUGUGGUGGCUUGCUCUGGUUAUUGUGUGGUGCAAUUGUGAUGUGGCUACCCAUGAACAUGAACCAUUUUAUGUAUGCCCUAUCAAUACUAAUAGGCAUUGCCAAUUCCUUGAUGAUGGUGACUUCGACAGGCAUGGAGAGUGCUCUAGUGGACAAACAUCUAGACGGUUCGGCUUUCGUCUAUGGAUCAAUGGGCUUUGUUGACAAAGUACUAUGUGGCGUGGCACUCUACUUUCUUGAAUCAUUCGAGGAUGCAGAUCCAGUACCAUGUGAUCCAACACAUGCUUGUUUCUCUGUGACCCGAUUUUCGUUGGGGUUCAUCCCGGGAAUAGCCGCACUUCUGGGAGCUAUAGUUUCAUUCACCAUGAAACUACAGACCUCCCAUUUGAAGCCUUUAGAAAACCCACUCUUAGCUUAAUAGAAGAAUGUCACAUGGACUAAAAUAGAAUAAACGUAGCUUUGAAUUGAAAUUAAAGCAUAUUCUUGUACUGUGUAAGCUCUCUGAGAUAUUAAUAAAAGUUUUUGGUUUGCAUCGUACCACCCGAGGAGUCCGAUACAUCUCUCCACAUAUUUUCUACUCCCUUCAUUCCUCCGUAACUGUCUGAUUUGUUUUAUGUACCAAACAUUUGACUAACAAUAUAUAAAAAUAUAAAAAAUAUAUCAAAAUAUUGGUAUAAAUUUUUUUAAAUUAU